AUGCCUCCAAAGAGCAAAGGGCAGGGGAAAAGAGGAGUGAAGCAGCAGAAAAAGAGAAGCGCAGCAGAAAGCCAAGCUGAAGCGACGUCCAGGAGAGCGGCACCGGAGGCUGACAGCCUGGGAGAGCACCGGGCUCCCUGGAGGGACACGGCCCGGUGGGCGAGGGCGGACAGCGAGGGGCUCCGGCGGAGGCUGCGGGAGCUGGAGCGGGCGCUGGAGCAGGCGCGGGACGACAAGAGAGACAUGCACGAAGAAAUGAGCCGGCAGUACCAGGAGCUGCAGAGGCAGACGGCAGCCCACGGCCAGCGCCUGGAGGCGAAGGUGAACAGCCUGCAGGAGCAGCUCGCCACCAGGCUCCAGGAGAGCCAGCGGAGCCACGAGGCUGCCACCAAGGCCCUGGCAGAGCGGGACAGGACCAUCGCCCAGCUGCAGGGCAGGAUGAGCGCCAUGGAGAGGGAGUACGAGCAGAUCCUCCACGCCAGCCUGGACCUGGUGCUGGCCAAGCUGGCAGGGGCCAGGCAGCGCUGGGAGGAGCAGGGCACGGCCAUCGCGCUGCAGCACAAGCAGCGCCUGCAGGAGUUCGGCCUCAACCCCCUGGAGAUGUAG